CAACUCUCAUCACAACAUGUACAAGCUGGUGAUCCUGCUGUGCGCCGUGGCCGCCGCCCACGCCGGCUACCUGGGAGGCUACGCCGCCCCCGCCGUCGCCGUGGCGCCUGCCGUGGCCGCCCCCGCCGUCGCCGUGGCCCACGCCCCCGUGGCCGUGGCUCCCGCCGCCUCCUCGUACGCCAACACGUACCGCGUGUCGCAGACCGCCCGCCUCCUGGCCGCCCCCGCCGUCGCCGCCGCCCCUCUGGCCUACGCCGCACCUGCUGUCGCUGCUCCCCUGCUGAAGGUCCACUAGGACAUGUACCUGAAGCUAUGAAGAGAGCUAUUUAUUGUCAAUAAAGUACAUAAAAAGAG